GAAAAACAGAAGCUGUCAUCAAAAACUUCAGCCCGCACUACAGACGCCAGUAUGCAGUGGCUUUCUGCAAGCAUGUGCAGGAUGAGCUGGAGCAGCACCGGGAUUCCCAGUCCCGGUUCCUGAAAACCAAGCCCCCAGCAGAAGCUGGGACCAUCUUAUACGAGGCAGAACUGCUGCAUUUUGCCGAGGAUCUGAAGAAGUGGAAAGACAGAUACGUCGUUAUCAAAAACGACUACACUGUGGAUUGCUUUGAGACUAAAGAGGCCUACCAGAAAGGAGCCAGCCCUAAAUAUCAUGUUCUUCCUGCAGGAGGCAAAGUACUGACUUCAGAAGAAGAUUACAAUUUGCUGUCUGAUAAACAUUUUCCAGAUCCCCUUGGGUCGAGUGAGAAGGAGGUUGCUCAAGCCUUCGUCCAGCUGCCAAAGGAGUUCCCAGUUUACCUGUGGCAGCCCUUCACCCGACACAGCUAUUAUUGCUUCCCGGAGCCAGAAGCUCAGAAGCAGUUCAGCGCCGUGCUGGGGGACUGCGUGAGACACUCAAACCACGAUUUUCUCAAGCAGACCACGUAUGAAGUCGAAGCAUUCUUAGAAGCCAUUCAGUUCUUCCGGCAGGAGAAGGGCCACUAUGGGACAUGGGAAAUGAUAACUGGCAAUGAAAAAGAGAUCCUGAGCAACCUCGUGAUGGAGGAACUCCUGCCUAACCUUCAGACGAUGAUCCUGCCUAAAAUGAAAGGAAAGAGGAAUGAUAGGAAGCGGGCCUGGUUUGGUAUCGUAGAAGAAACUUACGGCUUAGUCCAGCAGCAAGUGUCAGAAGGAUUAAGUACCUUGAAAGAAGAAUGCAGAGAUUUUGCAAAAACUCUUGAAGGAACCAUUCGCUCGGACAUGGAUCAGAUUCUGAACUGCAAGAACUUCUUAGCUGGAAAAAUCAAAGCCACUGUUUCUGAGCCUGCCCAGAAGUGCUGCACAGAAAACAUCCUGCCAUUUCUCACGUCCAUAUUGGAGGAGCUCAUGGGUCCAGUGAGCUCUGGAUUCACUGAAGUCCGCUCACUUUUUGAUAAAGAAGUUAAUGAAAUCAUCCAGGACUUCCAGAAGACAAAUGAUAUCACGAAGCUGAAGGAGAAUGUGGAUCAGCUUAUGAACCUGCCAUUCAACUCUGUGAAAAUGGAGCCCUGCUAUCUGAAAGUGAACCUCCUCCAGGAGCUCCUUCAAGACCUCAAGAGUCGCUUCAAGGUCUAUCACAUUGAUUUUGUGAUUCAGAGGACACAGAACUUCAUGCAAGAGCUGAUGGAAAACGCAGUUUAUACUUUUGAGCAGUUGUUCUCUCCAAGUCGCCAGGCAGACUCGGCAAAAGUUGCAACAACCAUUGAAAAAGUCAAGCUGAGAGUACUGAAGCAAUAUGAUUAUGACAGCAGCACUAUCCGGAAGAAGAUAUUUCAAGAAGCAUUGGUACAGAUUACUUUGCCUACAAUGCAAAAGACACUGGCUUCAACGUGCAAACCAGAGCUGCAGAAAUACGAGCAGUUCAUUUUUGCUGAUUACACUAGUGUGAUCCAAGUAGAGAAUGUGUAUGAAGAGAUUUUAUAUCAGAUGCUGCUUGAAGAGACCCUGAAAGUGAUAAAAGAAGCUGCCAUUAUGAAGAAGCACAACCUCUUUGAAGAUAACUUGAAUUUGCCCUGUGAAAGCGUGUCCAGCUUAACGGACCUGAAGACCCCUUCAGGAUCAGCACAAACCACUCCUGCGAAGAAGCCUUCUGCCACCCGAGCCGAGAUGUCAGACACUGAAACUCAAAGUGACGAAACGCUCAUUGUAACGGAAAAAAUUUCUUGGGAGAAGGACGCUGAUGAUAGAAAGUCAUCAGACAAAGAGGCAGGCACUUCUGUGGAUCCAGCUGUCAAUCAGGCAAGCAAAAGUGGAGAAGUGUUCAUUGCAGACAUUGGUGAAAAACAAGAGUCCCUUCCAGCUAUGCUUACAAAACAAGAAGUGGCAGAAGAAAAAAGCACUUUGGAGAAUGAAGAUACAGUGAAAGCUGAGUGUGUAGUGAACACUGAGAAAGAGCUAAAGACACAACUAGAAGCUGUAGAUGAAAAAGUAGCUCCUGGGACUGAAACUGCAGUGAAAGGUUUUGGAGCCAGCCCUAAAAAAGAACUUAAGGUACAUGAAGGAGCAGUGGAAGAAAAGGUAACUCCUGAGAAUCAAACGGCAAUGGAUGCUGCAUUUGUUGGUGGCACUGAAAAAGAAAGCAAAGCACAGGAAGAAGUUGCUGAGAUAAAGCUGAGUUCCUCACAUGAUAAUGUAGCAGAAGCAGAGAAUUUAGGGAAUGCUGAAAAAAAAAUCAAGGUAGAAGAAUUAUCUCAGAAUGAAAGUGCAGUAGGAACGGGGUUUGAAGAGGGUAGUAAAAAAGAAAGCAAUGACCAAGGAGUGAGUACUGAAACAAGGGUUAUUUCCCAGGAUGAAAACACAGGGAAAGAAGGGUAUGGUGAUAAUCUUGAAAAGGAAGGCAAGUCAGAAGAAAAGAGCUGCAAGUCCCCUGAUGAUGUGAAUGAGAUAAGGAAUUUGCUGAUGGUAACGGUUGAGAUACCAGCAGAAACUCCAGCUGAGAAUGUAAGGGAGAUUUGUGAAGGUGAGAUAUUAAAGUUGCAGGAGCACAAUAAAGGGAACAAUGAGAUGAGCAAAAUGGCUGCGUCAGAAAUUCAAGUGAGCCAGAUGAUAACAAAUAAAGAUGCAGCAGAAUGCGCAGAGUUCCAGGAGGACCGACCAUCUUCAUCUAGUUUGGGGACAGAUGGUACGAAUUUAACAAAUGUGUCCGAGGGGGCCCGCAAUACGGCACAAGCAGAAUGGCUGGUGGAAAGCUUGGAUACGCCUCAGGAGGCAAAGGCAGAGGUGGAUAUGAAGCAAAGCGUUUG